UAAUAAUUUAAUUCCUUUAACGAGCAAUCUCCAAGGACCUGCCAAGGCACCUUCUAACCCAGGUUUUCUCCUACUCGUCCCGUGCUCCUCCUUCCCCCUCCCUUCUUUAUUUCAAUCCCCUUCGAUCAUGCCUUCUAACGAAAAAUUGGAUUCUGAAAAACUUUCAGAGCAUGAGGCUGAGAGGUAUCCAGAUUCUGACCGUGACAAGGACAAGGACAAAUCUCACAAGUCAAAGUCUUCUUCAAAGUCCAAAGAUCUCUCUCAUGUACCUUGUAAAUUUUUCAAGGUCGGCGCUUGCACAGCAGGCUCUUCUUGUCCAUUCUCCCAUAACGUCCAAGAGCCUGGCCAGCAGAAGGACGUCUGCGCAUGGUUCGUCAAAGGAAACUGCAAGUUUGGCCACAAGUGUGCUUUAGCACAUGUUCUUCCUGGCCAGAGUAUGUCUAUGGACAGGAAAAAUAAGAAGUCGGCUCAGCUCGCUGCCAACGCUGCGGGAGGUGGUGGUCCAAAAGAUAGCUCAAAAGCAGGGAGGAGUGUCAGGAAAGAUACUCAUGCGCAUAAUGGUUCAGGAGGCGUCUCCGCCGCAGGGAAUGUUCGUGGAAGUCUUCUUUCCGGUUCCACAGCUCCUACAAGGUCUCUCAGCGCUUCCUCUCGUCCCCCAAUUUCCAUGCCGUUAAAGGCCACAAUUUCCCCAUCCGCACCCGCCCCACCCCUCAAAGAUACCGAUUUUGCUUCAUUCUCACUCCCAGAUGAUACGGAAAAGUUGCCAGCAGCGCCUCUUCAGAGACGGCCUACGCCACCACUCGAACCCGAGUCACCAGCACCCGCUCAAGCUAGCGAGUUUAAGGAAGACCGUAAAAGUCCCUCCCCGCCAACACUUCCCCUCAGCAUGCCUAGUACGCGACGUCCAGGUUUAUCACAUCGUCCCACAGAUUCCGCGGAUCUUGGUCCCAUCGGAUCCCCGCCACGUGGCUCCCUUCCCCGCACAGGACUUGCCAAUGGAUUUUCACCCGGCACAUCGCCUGCUGCUGCUCCAGUCUCAUCCACGCUGCCUGCUCAGUCUCAGACUGUAUUCCAAUCCUAUGAUGCCAAACCCUCGAUACUGGACACGAAACAUCGUUCCGGACUCGCCGCAUCUCUUGGCACGUGGAAGACAGAGCUUGGUCCUGUCCCCUCGCAAGUUGUCAAUCGUGGGGACGGAAGUCUUAAUAUGCGUGGUCUCGAUCACGAGAUUGCUGUCGAAGACGAAGACCUGGAGGAGUUCUUGCCAAGCUCCCUUAAUGACCUUUUGACCCCCGAGGAACGUUCUCGCAGAAUGUCGCGUACGAAUUGUGUCCGCCCUACUCAGGUACACAACAACGGUCUUGGUCUUGACCCUCCCUUCCUCACUGCACAUUCGCAAGCGGAGGGUUCCCGCCACCAUUAUUCACGUUCCGUGCCUGCCACCUCGCUCCUCGGUGACGUAAAGUCUAUUUGGUCAGAGCGGACCGGAGGCCUUCCCGGCUCUCCUGACACAUCUCAUGCAUUCAAUCUCGCAGUCGGGACACCUAGUUCAUUCAAAUCCUCGAGCGGCUUCGGAGGUCGUUCCUUCACUAAUGAAGACGUGAACCCAUCUUCUUCCCUUCUUUCUCCAUCCAAUGCUUCGGCCGCUUUUCUCCCUUCUUUACACCAGUAUUACCUUAACUCAAAGCCAAGUGGCAUCCAGCGUUCCACUUCUGGUCUCGGCCGACCUGCUGGAUCCCCCCUACAGCCAGCCACCCCUCAGAAUCCACCCCCAACCUCAUUCUCCCCCCCGCGGAUCAGCUCUCUUGGUGGUCAUCGUACGCCAUUCGAUGAACAUGCAUCUGGACGGCCCAUUCCAUUUGGUGAAGGUGAAGAGCGCCCAGCUGCUAUUUCCCCCUCCAUCCGAGCUCUGCAAGCGCACGCACCGGGGCAGAGUCUGCCGCAGGGGCUUGCAGCGGGUUACUCCCGGAUCCACGCACUCCCAAUGACGAUGUCGCCCUCCUCAGCCGCAGCCUUCAGCCCUGGCUCCAACAACAACCCAUACUCCCUCAACCAGGAUUGGGUUGGGGGCUCUGCCAUCCAGGGUGACCAUCUUUCCGCUGCAGAUGUGGGAGGAAUGCCUCUCUCGACCUCGAUGGCAGGCCUGGAGUCGAUGUUCUCGCGCCUGUCGUACUCCGCUGCCGCAACGUCGCGGUCGCCUCUGAACAGCGGCCUGGCGCAUUCGCCAACACAAGGCUCACCGCUAGGUAUCCAGCGUGGCACGCCUGGCAACCGGAACUGGCACGCACAGAGCCCACUGAGCAAACCCGUUGUUACGGCGGAUGAUGAUGAGCUAUUCAGUAUGGAUGGAUGAAUAGUAAGCUGUGCAUAGAAGUAAAAACUGCGCCUCUGCUUUGGUUUCGGGAGGACGCCAUACCUCACUAGUCACUCUUGUUGUAUUGCAUGGUGUAUGUAUGUGUGGGGGCCGCCAGAUGCAUCUACGUAAAAUAUAUUUAUACCACCUCUCUAAUCAUUUGGUAGGUCGUGAUGUCAAAGUUACUGGGUUUUUUUUGCUAUCUUUUUUUGCUUGUGCCAUGGCAGCAAGUCGCACGUUUAAAUUUUGUUCCACGAAAUAUUUAUGAAUGG